AAAAUAAUAAUAAUAAAAAAAAAAUUAUUGUCCAAACAAUAAUGUUUAGAAAACCUCCAUCAAACAUCAAAAGUUAUUCACCAUUACGUAGUUCAGAUCGUAGAAGAUUUAAGGAUGAAAUAUUAAAAAAAUUCCCAUUAUUAGAAUCUUCAAUUAAUAAUUUGAUCGAAUCUUCAACGGAUGCUACAGAUUCAAAAUCAGAAUCUCCGUUUAAUAUUAUAGUACCUGAAAAUACUCAAUUAGCAAAAUUUAAUUCAAAUUUAGGCGUACAUGGAGUAAUUUAUACGACCAAAGAAAAACAUCCUCUUUGGUUUAAAAAAGAUAAAGAUAAAAAUGAAAUUUUGGUUCCAAGCGUUUAUAUGUUGUGGAAAUUUCCUGAUAUGUUGCCAAAAAUACCAACAUUUGAUAUGGUGAUUUCCAAAUUAACUGGCGGGGCUAAUCUUAUGAUUCCAGGUAUCGCAUUCCCCUCUGAAGGUUUACCUGAAGUAAAUGAAGGGGAACUUGUAUCUGUUGUGGUUAGAGGUUCAAACAUACCAAUGGCAGUAGGAACAAUGAAUAUAUCAACAAAAUUGCUUGAACCAGGGAGUACUCGUAAAGGAAUUGCAGUUAAUGUAAUUCAUAUAUUUGGUGAUUGUUUAUGGAGUAUGGGCGAUCAAUCUAGUCCACCGGAAUUAUCUGAUGCCAAAACUUUUCAAGAAAAUAUUGAAACUGAAUCAUCUGAAUCAAAAGUUGCUGAUAUAAAUGAAGAAAUAGACGAAGAUGUUGAAGUUGAAAAUUUAGAAAAUGAAUUUGAAACCAAAUUAACAGUUUCAGAAGUCGAUAAAUUAUUACAAGAUUCGUUUUAUCAAGCAUUAAUAGAAAAAUUGACACCCGCUACUCCAUUACCAAUGUCAACUUCACAAUUUUAUUCUGCUUACCUUUUACCAUGUCGUCCUAUUGGUACCGAAAAUGAAGUUGAUGUUAAAAAGUCAAGUUAUAAAAAGGUCGCAAAAUUCUUGAGCGCUAUGGAAAAAAAGGGAGUUAUAAAGAUGAAAGGAGAUUCCACUCUUAUUCAUGUUAACUGGAAUCACGAAAGCUUAGCUGGGUUUCGACCUCAUAAAACUAUCAAGAAAGCCACUUCGUCUACUGCACUUAAUGAAGGACAUCCGAUAAUUGAGAUUAAACAAGUGUUUAAACCAAAAGGUCCUAUUGUAGAUUUUUUUAAAGCUCAAGGUGAAAAUGUUGAAUCAGAUACUGUUUACGAACCCGAACAAAUUAAAUCGAUUGUUUUGAAUUAUCUUAAAUCUCAUAAUUUGUCUGAUAAACAAAAUCCAAAGUUUGUUAUUCCUGAUGAACCAAUUCGAGAAAUUUUAGCUAAUAAAUCAGGAGUAAGGGUUCCUGAUAAAUGGAUAAGAAAUGAUUUAGUGAAAGAAAUACAAUCAAAAAUGGAGGAUCAUCAUUAUGUUAUAUUACCUGGUCAUGAUCCUGAAUUGAGGAAGGGAUUACCAAAAAAUAUCCAAAUAUCCGAGUCUACACGUACAGGAAAUAAAGUUGUUACUACUAUUCGUGGAUUAGAAAGUUAUGGAAUGAAUCCUAAUGAUCUUACCGAACCACUUCAAAAAUUAUGUGCAUCGAGUGUUUCAGUCAAUCCAACACUACAAUCUUCUCCCAAAAAACCUUUGAUGGAAAUUAUGGUACAAGGACCACAAAUUAAACUUGUCAAAAAAUAUUUAAUGGAUACAAAAGGAUUUCCAGAAAAAUAUAUUGAAACUACGAACGUUAAAAAAAAAGGAAAGAGAUGAUGAUGAUCGAGUCAAAUUUAUUAUUACGUGACUUAUUGACAAUUAAAUAUGGAUCUAAAAAACAUUAUAUUCUAACUCAUUUAAUUUUUAUACCUUUCAUUAAUUUAUUACACUAAUAUAUUAUAUAUGUAUCCUUUUAUUGAAUAUUGACUAUAA